AAUAAUACUCAGAGUUUGUAUCGAUAUACUAGUACAUUUUUUCUUGUAAACUCUAAUAAGAGAGAGUCUCCCUGGUGCCCACUUGGCCGACUACCCUCUUUGAGAUCAGCAUUCAUUGGUAAAUCUCCUUGAUUACUUUGAAUUGUCGAUCUCGAAUCGUAAAAAACAGGCUGUUCGUUUUGGGUAGUAUUAUGUUUCGUUCACCUGGUCAAAAAUUAGGUUUUGCCCCAAUAUUUUGGUAAAAUUCAAUUAGAGUCGUCCCUGACUCCUAAAAUUAAAGUACCUCUUAUAAAUAUCAGCAUUAGGCUAUUUGUGAUUUCAAUAAAUAAGCAAUUACGGGAAUUGGAGCUUCAAACACGCAAUGGAAAUUUUAUUCGAAUAUAAAGCGAAAGCCAGCAAAAUUUUCAAUACAGGUCAUUGAGGUGCAUAGAAAAUGCAAUUUAAUAUCGGAGAUAAAAUUAUGUACUUGGGAACGUAGGAGUAAAAAAUUUCCAAUUAUUUUAACAAUCAAUAAAGUUCAAGGUGGAACUUAAUCCUUCGAUUAUCAUUAAUCUGUAAUGCAAUAUCUGGCAAGUGACCUAAUACCCAAAGUAUUGUUAUCGAGAUGAACAAUUGUCGGUAAGGAGAAUGAACCAAUCAGAUAGUCGAUUUUUUAUAGAAAUAACAAAAAUCUUAAUCUUGAGAAACAUGUUUACCUAUUUAUUACUUUUUAACCCUCCGGAAACCUAUAUAAAGUGUCCGAUAAGCGAUACCGUUUCAGUAUUGUUUGAUACUUAUUAGUGAAUAGUUGAAAAGUGCAACACAACUUUUCUCAAGCUUAAACGUUUCUGCAUGAGGCAGGGGGGUUUUUCGGUACUCGUUUGAACAGGUUAUGGACUCGGCUCUAAAACAAAGCAGAAAGCCAAAUCCUAGAGAAAAUGCAUUCCCUUUAUCAGCUGCAACCUUCUGGUAUACGAUUCCAACUUUCGUUCAGGGCUUCAAGCGUGACUUAGAAGAGUCCGACUUGACCGAGACUCUGACCGAACACAAGUCGAGUAUAUUGGGAAAUAAAAUGGAAAAAGCUUGGAAAGCUGAAGAGAUUAAAGCCGCGAAGGCAAAUCGUAAACCGUCACUGGAAAGAGUACUCUUUAAAGUUUUUGGUUUUGAAUUUAUUUUUUAUGGUAUUGUUUUAGCACUGAGUGAAGCGAUAAGAUUGAACCAGCCACUAUUUUUGGGCAAAUUUGUUGCGUUCUUUGACACUUAUCGAACGACGGUUAUUCGAGAUGCGGCCAACGUUGUCAGUGAUGGAACCGCACAAAAUCAUUCUGAGGAAAUUGGACAACCUUUGGCCCUGGGAAAACUCCUAACAUUCUACCAACCCCUGAAUACUGAAGUAUCCGAAACCGAUGCUUACUGGUAUGCCGCCGGAGUCGUGAUAUGUUCACUCGCAAACAUUGCAUUUUCGCACCCUCAAAUGUUGGGGGUGAUGCAUUUAGGGAUGAAAAUGAGAGUUGCAUGUUGUUCACUGAUUUACCGCAAAACACUAAAAUUGAGUAAAACUGCUUUGGGUCAAACAACUGCCGGUCAAGUAGUCAAUUUGUUAUCAAAUGAUGUGAAUAGGUUUGAUAUUGGUCUACUUUUCGCCCAUCAGUUAUGGGUGGGACCUCUUGAAACCAUCGUUUGUACUUAUUUCAUGUACUUGCAAGUUGGAUAUUCGGCGAUCAUUGGUGUCGCGUUUCUUCUUCUCUUUAUACCGCUACAAAUUUUCUUGGGGAAGCGAAUUUCGGUUCUCCGUCUGAGAACUGCCCUUCGAACCGACGAACGCGUCCGGUUAAUGAACGAAAUCAUCUCCGGCAUCCAAGUGAUCAAAAUGUACGCCUGGGAGAAACCCUUCGCAAAACUGGUAUCUCUCGCCCGUCGCUACGAAAUCAAAUCAAUCCGAAUCUCCUCCUACAUGCGAGGAAUCACUCUCUCCUUCAUUAUGUUCACAACUCGCAUGUCAAUUUUCGCAAGUGUCUUAGCAUACGUCCUGUUUGACAAUACCAUAACCGCCGAAAAAGUCUUCGUCUUGACUUCAUUCUAUAACAUUUUGCGUCAAACCAUGACCGUAUUUUUCCCACAAGGCAUUUCGCAAGUGGCCGAGGCGCGAGUCUCCAUCGCCCGAUUGAACAAAUUCAUGCUUUAUGACGAGACCCAAAUCGCUAAAGAAUUGAAACGGCGACAAGCCGAAGGCAAGAAGGAGAACUUAAUUUCGAAUGGGAUUGACGCAGCUAGGGAUUUGGGGGUUUUCAUGAAAAAUGCUUCAGCGAAGUGGAGCGAAGCCUCGAGUGAUAAUACACUCAAUAAUGUGAAUUUGACAGCAACUCCGGGGAAAUUGGUGGCGGUUAUUGGGCCGGUUGGGAGCGGCAAAAGCAGUCUGUUCCAUGCGAUUUUACAAGAGUUGCCUUUGUUUGAUGGGAGUUUGUCGGUUAAUGGUGAAAUUAGUUACGCGUCGCAGGAGCCGUGGUUAUUUGCUGGAAGUGUGCGGCAAAAUAUACUUUUCGGCCUUCCUAUGGACAAGCUCAGAUACAAGACUGUGGUAAAAAAGUGUGCCUUAGAACGCGACUUCACUCUUUUGCCUUAUGGAGACAAGACAAUGGUUGGGGAUCGAGGAGUGUCUCUCAGUGGGGGUCAAAGAGCUAGAAUUAACCUCGCGAGGGCCGUCUACAAACAAGCCGAUAUUUACUUACUAGAUGAUCCAUUAUCAGCUGUUGAUACACACGUGGGUAAACAAUUAUUCGAAAAUUGCAUCACUGGUUAUUUGAAAAAUAAGACGGUCAUAUUGAUUACUCAUCAGUUACAAUAUUUGAAAGAAGUGGAUCAUAUUCUUUACUUGGAUGAUGGGGUUGUUAAAGCACAAGGGACUUUCAGAGAAUUGCAAGCGACAGGACUAGAUUUCACAAACCUCCUUGGGGCAACACAAGACGAAGAUGAGGAGAAGAAACAAGAAGAGUUGAUAAGGCAGGGAUCUAUCCGAAGUAUUGCUUCGGUUGAAGGGGAAGCCCCGAAAAUCAUUGAGGAACAAAAGGGCACUGGCUCGGUCGGGGCCGAUGUCUACUUGGGGUACUUCCGGGCUGGGGGCAAUUGGUGUCUCAUCUUCGUACUUUUCGUAUUAUUUAUUUUAACACAGAUUUUUGCAAGUAUUGCUGACUACUUUAUCACUUAUUGGGUCAAUAUCGAACAACAAGAUGCUCAGAAAAAUAAAACUAGUGUCGCCAACUCUGAAGAUGAUUUCUGGCACUUCUCACGAGACACCUCAAUUUAUAUUUAUUCAGUUAUUAUAGGACUUUUGAUAAUCAUAACUUUGAUUCGUUCGUUUACGUUUUUCUCCGUGUGUAUGAGAGCCUCAACUCGACUUCACGAUAAUAUGUUUGCGAGUAUUACACGGGCCACAAUGAGAUUUUUCAAUACGAAUAGUGCUGGAAGGAUUUUGAAUCGAUUUUCCAAAGAUAUGGGUUCUAUUGAUGAACUUUUGACUUCUGCAAUGAUUGAUUGUUUGCAAAUCGGGCUUUCUCUCCUUGGAAUUAUCAUAGUUGUGGCUGCUGUUAGUCCUUGGUUGAUGGUACCGACUGUUGUUGCCGGAAUUAUUUUCUACGUCUUGAGGAUUUUUUACAUACGGACAAGUAGAAAUGUCAAACGUCUGGAAGGCAUAACCCGAAGUCCGGUAUUUUCGCAUUUGAAUGCCUCGCUUCAAGGUUUAACAACAAUUCGGGCAUUUGGUGCUCAAGAAAUCCUUGAGAAGGAGUUUGAUAGUCAUCAAGAUUUGCACAGUUCAGCUUGGUUUAGUUUUAUUUCAACCUCAAGGGCAUUUGGGUAUUGGCUGGACAUUGUUUGCAUUAUCUAUAUCACGUUGGUCACCUUUAGUUUCUUGAUUAUCGGAAACGAAAAAUUCGGUGGUAACGUGGGUCUUGCCAUAACCCAGGCCAUCGGCCUCACCGGGAUGUUCCAGUGGGGCAUGCGCCAGUCCACCGAGCUCGAAAACCAGAUGACUUCUGUCGAACGCGUCCUCGAGUACAACAACAUCGAACACGAGGGCAACCUAGAGUCACCCCCCGACAAAAAACCGCCUCCAUCGUGGCCCAACGAUGGCAAAAUCGAAUUCAUCAACGUGUUCCUCCGCUACUUCCCCGACGACCCACCUGUCCUCAAAAACCUCAGCUUCACCAUAAACCCGCGCGAGAAAAUCGGGAUUGUGGGCCGAACCGGAGCCGGCAAAUCCUCCCUAAUCAACGCGAUUUUCCAACUCAGCGACACUCAAGGCGCCAUCAUCAUUGACGGGAUCAACAUCACCGAGAUCGGUUUGCACGACCUCCGAUCGAAAAUCUCGAUAAUCCCCCAAGAACCGGUGCUUUUCUCCGGGACAAUGCGGAAGAAUUUGGACCCGUUUGAUGACUAUUCCGACGCCGACUUGUGGCGAGCUUUGGAGGAUGUGGAGUUGAAGGAUGAAGUGUCGAAUUUGACGUCGGGUUUGAAUUCGAAGAUGUCGGAAGGCGGGUCGAAUUUCAGCGUGGGUCAAAGACAGCUAGUGUGUCUCGCGAGGGCCAUUUUGCGCAAUAAUAAGAUUCUUGUUUUGGACGAAGCCACUGCCAAUAUUGAUCCACAAACGGAUGCUUUGAUUCAGACCACCAUUAGGAAUAAAUUCUCCGAUUGUACGGUACUUACCAUCGCUCAUAGGCUGCACACUGUGAUGGAUUCGGAUAAAAUCCUGGUCAUGGAUGCUGGCACAAUGAAGGAGUUUGACCAUGCGUAUAAUCUGUUGCAAGAUAGCAACACUAUACUAUAUGGUAUGGUCCAACAAACUGGCAAAGCCAUGGCUGAAACAUUGUUCAAUGUUGCUAAAGAAAGUUACAACAAAAUACAUCGAAAUUAGUUCAAUUUUAGUUUGCAAGUUUGGGACAGUACUUACAUAACUGGUUCCUAUUUUAAUGUUGCUGUUUUAACAAAGGUUCUGCGAUAAUAGUUUUAAUUUGGAAAAACAAUUUUAUAUUUUAUACACCGUAUAUUUAUUUAUGUAAUAAAUUUAUGUUCUGUA